CACCAAAUUUUCAUUUCAUCUCAUUCUCAAAUUUCAUUUCUCAUUUCAAUCUCAUUUUCAACAACAAUGCCAACACGAACAACAGGAGCCAUAGCACAAGAUUGGGAACCAGUUGUUCUCCACAAAUCAAAACCCAAAGCACAAGACCUUCGUAAUCCAAAAGCAGUAAACCAAGCACUUCGAACCGGCGUCGAAGUUUUAACCGUUAAAAAAUUCGACGCCGGUUCGAAUAAAAAAACCGCUGGUCCGGUUGUUUAUGCGAGAAAAUUAGAUGAAGCGGCUGAACCGGCUGCGUUGGAACGAGUUGGUGGGGAAGUGAGACACACGAUUCAGAAAGCGCGUUUGGAUAAGAAGAUGAGUCAAGCUGAGUUGGCGAAAUUGAUUAAUGAAAGGGUUCAGGUUGUUCAGGAAUAUGAAAAUGGUAAAGCUGUUCCUAAUCAGGUUGUUUUGGGGAAAAUGGAGAGAGUUCUUGGGGUUAAGCUUAGGGGUAAAAUUGGAAAAUGAUGUUUUGAGGGUUUUUUUAUGCGAUAUUGAAAUGUUAUGGGGUUAUGGUGUGGGUGUGUUGUUUCAUGUUUGUUCUGAUGAUGAAUGUAAUUGAGUAUAUAAUGUUGUGAGAUUGCGAUCUAUUAGUGUUUUUUUUAUGUUGGCUAAUUAAUUAGGGUUGGAAUGUGUUUUUUAUUUUUUUAAUUGUCUUCUGCAAUUGUGAUUAUAACAUUGUUUGUGGUGAUCAA